AUGCAGGAGCUCAUCAAAAGCACGUGUAAUGAACAGUUGGUCACUUGCCAUCACACUGCUCGUGGUUCCUACAGAUGCGACGUUGCUAUCGUGGGCGGUGGUAUCAGUGGCUGUUCGCUGGCUUGGGUCCUUACUCGGUUCACGGACAUAAACUCUGUCAUAGUGCUGGAAAGGCAUCAUAAUGUGGGGAGAGUGUGCAGCCAUGCAACGAGUAACUCGCAGACCAUGCACCGUGGCGAUAUCGAGACUAAUUACGAUUUGCAUAAGGCUCGUCGGGCCAACAGCCAAGCUGAGUUGCUACGGCGUUUCACUGUCAACGUCCUGGACGAGACGGAGAGGGAUAGCUGUAUUUUCAGGAUGUCGAAGCUGUGUCUUGGCAUCGGCGAAGAUGAGCAGGAGUUGCUCAGGCGACGGUAUGAGUCCUUCAAGGAGGAGUUCCCCUCAAUGCAGUUUACAGAGGACAAGGAGAUAUCACGGUUGGAGCCAGCAGUAGUGUUGGAGGACCUUCAGGGGUCGAAGUUCAGAGAGGAGCCUCUAGCGGCUCUAUUCUCAGAAAAUGAGUACGCUGCUGUGGACUAUGGUGAGCUCACACAGUCCUUCGUUCGCCACUCUCGACGGGAUGCCCUGAUACGUGGUAAAAAGAUAGAGUUCAUAACAUCAACAAAAGUUGGCUCUACCAUGGUAUCUGAUAACGGAGAUAUCAUCAUACGAUGCUCUAUGAACCAUGUUGAGGUUCGGGCCAGAUUCUGCAUCGUCUCAGCUGGCGGCUACUCGUUGCUGUUGGCGCACAUCCUUGGUCUUGCUAAGCAUCUGUCGUUACUUCCCAUAGCGGGUUCCUUCUUCUUCGCGGGCUCAUCAGGAGCUUAUCGCAGACUACUCAACGGCAAGGUGUACGCCGUCCAGGACCCUGCCUUGCCUUUUGCUGCUCCUCAUGCUGACCCCGAUAUUGCCCGACUCGGGCAUCCAACUCGGUUUGGUCCAACGGCAGCGUUCCACCCGAUGAUGGAGAGGUACCUUGUGGAGUCCCUACCGGACGCUCUGAAGACGAUGCAGUUGACGGACCCUGCAACGCUGGCUGCCAUAGCUGACAUCCUCGCAGACAGGCCACACUUGAUAGGAUAUGCUCUGGCACAGAUGACGUAUGAGGUCCCACUGCUUGGAGAGCAACAGUACGCCAUCAACGAAGCGGGGAGAUUGGUCCCGGCCAUUGCUCGAGGGACCAUCAGACUGACACCAGCGUAUGGGCUCGGAGGGGUCCGCCCACAGUUGCUGGACACUGAGAGGAAAGUUCUGCUGAUGGGAGCUGGCAAGAUAGUCGAUCCAGGAAUGCCCAGUAUGAUAUUCAACAUCACGCCCUCACCAGGAGCGACUGUCUGUUUAGCCAGCGCCUUGUCGGAUGCUCUAAGGGUUUGUGCUCAUCUUGGCGCAGAGUUUGACCAUGAGGGGGCGAUGGCCACGCUGGCCGUGGAUCUGUCCGAUCCCUGUAUUGCUGAGCUUGUCUUGGCCUGA